AUGGCUUCUCAACAGAGGAUGCCCAACAAGCAUCUCAUGGAGUUUCACGUGGUAUGCUCGGGAAUGAGACCAGCAAAUGUGGAUGAGGAGCAAGUCAAGUUGAGGGCAUUCCCAUUUACAUUAGAAGCCAAGGCAAAGGAGUGGCUUUACAAUUUACCUCCCGGAUCAAUGAACACAUGGAACCAGGUGAAGCAAGCAUUUUUGGAGCAAUAUUUUCCGGCCACAAAAGCUGCAAGCAUAAGGAAGGACAUAUGUGCAAUCCGACAACAACAUGGAGAGCCCUUUGGAGAUUACUAUGAGCGAUUCACACAUUUGGUUGCAUCUUGUCCUAAUCAUCAAAUUUCAGAGCAUCUUUUAAUACAGUAUUUUUAUGAAGGAUUAUGUGGUACUGAUCGUGUAUUGCUUGAUGCAGUAAGUGGAGUAGCAUUCAUAGACAAGACACCAACUAAUGCUAAGGCAUUGCUAAAGAACAUUGCUGGCAACACACGACAAUUUGGAGGGAGAGAUGAGCUACCUUUUAAGAAAGUUAACGAGGUAAGUGCUAACUCUAGUAUUGAAUUACAAUUAGCUAACUUGACUAAUCUUGUGCAACAAGUUAUGGUGGCUCCAAAACAGGUGUGCGGUGUAUGUUCAAUGAUGGGACAUGCCACGGACAUGUGCCCUUCGUUGAUAGAUCAAGGUGGUCUUGAGCAAGCUAAUGCGUUAGGAGGAUUUCAAGGGCAACAAAGGCAAAAGUAUGAUCCAUAUUCCAACAACUAUAACGCAGGAUGGCGCGAUCAUCCACACUUAAAGUGGAACAAUCAAGACAACGGACAACAAUCUGUUCCCAACAACUAUAACCGUCCGCCUGGCUUUUUUCAAGCAAGACCGCAGGCACCAUUUCAGCCUCAACAACAACAAGCUCCAAGUAAGUCUCUUAAGGCUUUAAUUGCUUCUUUAGCUAACUCUACUCAAUCUCAUCAACAGAAAACAGACAAAGCAAUUGAAAACCUUGAGCGCCAAAUGAGUCAGUUAGCAAGUUUGAUGGGGCAACAACACCAACCAGGAAGGUUGCCUAGUCAAACCGUGAUGAAUCCAAAUGCGGAGCAGAUGAAUGUUGUGACUUUAAGGAGUGGAAAAGAAGUUUUUGAGCAAUCGAGGAUGCAAAAGAGGACUAGAAAAGACACAAUUGAACAAGGGGAGCUACAAACCAAGAAUCUUGAGCAAGAUGAGGCUUCAACAAAAACUGAAAAGUCUCAUAAAGAUACAGAAUUGAACAAAAAAGAUUCUGAUAAGGUAAGUAAAGAAGUUCAAAAUUCAUUUAACUCAUGUGUCCCUGUUCCUUUUCCUCGUACGUUUAUGAAGUCUAAGAAAGAGCAAAUUGAUAAGGAAAUCUUGGAUACUUUCCGGAAAGUCCAAGUGAACUUACCUCUUUUAGAUGCCAUAAAACAAGUUCCCAAGUAUGCAAAGUUCCUUAAAGAGCUUUGUACGAACAAGAGGAGAUUGAAUGAUCAAGAAACUGUGGCAUUGAGCGAGGAAGUAUCAGCUGUUUUACAGAGAAAGCUGCCACCGAAGUUGAAAGAUGCCGGUAGCUUUACCAUUCCAUGUGUAAUCGGAGGGAAAGAGUUUGGGAGAGCAUUGUGUGAUUUGGGGGCAUCCAUCAAUCUGAUGCCAUAUUCAGUGUAUGAGUCAUUGAACCUUGGAGACUUGAAGGAAACAAAGGUAGUAAUCCAGUUGGCAGAUCGUUCAAAUAGAUAUCCCAAAGGCCUAUUGGAGGAUGUACUUGUGCAAGUGAUGCUCAUUUUUCCCGCUGACUUUUUUGUUCUUGAGAUGGAACACGACCCUAUGCCUACUGCACUUCCUCUUAUAUUGGGAAGACCAUUCCUUAGAAUGGCACGUACGAAGAUUGAUGUCUACAAUGGUACCUUAACCAUGGAAAUUGAUGGGGAAAGCGUCAAGUUCAGAAUCUUCAAUGCUAUGAGGAUUGUUUUAAUGAAGGCACCUAAAUUGGAGCUUAAACCGAUUCCUGAACAUUUGAAGUAUGCAUUUUUGGGAGAGGAUGAAACAUUACCAAUCAUCAUAUCGUCACAACUCACAGCAGAAGAGGGGGAGAAACUGAUCCGGGUACUGAAGGAUCACAAAACUGCCAUAGCUUGGAGCAUUGCAGAUAUCAAAG